GCUGCUCACUGUUUGCUGGGUGGUGGGUGAGCUUGAGCGUGAGCCGGCUGCUGAAGACUUGCCAACAGUUCCGAGUCAGCGAGAGCGCGCCAGAGAGAGCGCGCCAGAGAGAGCGAGAGUGAGGGAGUGAGUGCGAGGGGAUCUAGAGGAGCCAGGGCGAGAAAGCGAGGGCCCGAGGACCCACGAUUGAGACAGAGUGACCAUGGCUGUCUCCGCAUCUCCAGUGAUCUCUGCAACUUCCAGCGGCUCCGGCGUCCCGGGAGGCUUAUUCCGGGCCGAACCCCUGUACUCGACUCCCGGGGAGCCCCCUCGUCUCACUCCUAAUAUGAUCAAUAGUUUCAUGGUUAAUAACCAUAGCAGCAGUGCCGGAGGUGGCGGGGUCGGUAGUGGCGGCGGCGGCAGCGGCAACACCAACACCAAUGAGUGCCGCAUGGUCGACAUGCACGGGAUGAAGGUGGCUUCGUUCCUGAUGGACGGCCAGGAACUGAUCUGCCUGCCGCAAGUCUUUGAUCUUUUUCUCAAGCACCUGGUGGGAGGCUUGCACACUGUGUACACCAAGCUGAAGAGACUGGAUAUAUCCCCCGUGGUGUGUACUGUCGAGCAGGUCCGGAUCCUCCGCGGGCUGGGGGCCAUCCAGCCCGGGGUAAACCGCUGCAAACUCAUCACCAGGAAAGACUUCGAAACUUUGUUCACCGAUUGCACCAAUGCCAGAAGGAAGAGGCAAAUGACAAGAAAACAAGCUGUUAACAGUUCAAGACCUGGCAGGCCCCCUAAGCGUUCUUUGGGAGUGUUGCAGGAAAAUGCCCGCCUUCUACCCCAUGCAGUCCCAGGCCUCUUAUCGCCAGGACUUAUCACUCCGACAGGUAUAACAGCUGCAGCAAUGGCUGAGGCGAUGAAGCUGCAGAAGAUGAAGCUUAUGGCUAUGAACACUCUUCAGGGAAAUGGAAGCCAAAAUGGGACUGAAUCAGAGCCUGAUGAUCUUAAUUCUAACACAGGUGGAAGUGAAUCCUCCUGGGAUAAAGAUAAGAUGCAGUCUCCAUUUGUGGCACCUGGACCCCAACAUGGAAUUGCUCAUGCAGCCCUAGCUGGCCAGCCAGGCAUUGGAGGUGCUCCAACCCUCAAUCCACUGCAGCAGAACCACCUGCUAACCAAUAGACUGGAUCUGCCAUUUAUGAUGAUGCCUCAUCCCCUACUUCCAGUCAGCUUACCUCCUGCAUCAGUUGCCAUGGCAAUGAAUCAGAUGAACCAUCUCAAUACUAUUGCCAACAUGGCUGCUGCAGCACAGAUUCACAGUCCACUCUCCAGAGCUGGCACCUCUGUUAUAAAGGAGCGGAUCCCAGAGAGUCCUUCUCCUGCUCCUUCUCUGGAAGAGAAUCAUCGUCCUGGGAGCCAGACCUCUUCCCACUCCAGCAGCAGUGUGUCCAGUUCUCCCUCUCAGAUGGAUCAUCACUUGGAAAGAAUGGAAGAGGUACCAGUACAAAUUCCAAUAAUGAAGUCACCCUUGGACAAGAUACAGCUGACUCCUGGGCAGGCAUUGCCCGCUGGAUUCCCUGGACCAUUCAUUUUUGCUGAUAGUCUGUCCUCCGUGGAGACUCUGUUGACCAACAUUCAGGUCAACAAUAUUUCUAUAAACAAAAUAAAUGGUCUACUGAAAGUGGCUUUGGAUAAUGCUCGCAUCCAGGAGAAGCAGAUUCAACAAGAAAAGAAGGAGCUACGACUGGAACUUUAUAGAGAGAGAGAAAUUAGAGAAAACCUUGAAAGACAACUUGCAGUUGAGCUUCAAAGCAGAACUACCAUGCAAAAGCGCCUGAAAAAGGAGAAAAAAACCAAGAGAAAAUUGCAGGAAGCCUUGGAAUUUGAAUCAAAGCGCCGAGAGCAAGUGGAGCAGGCACUUAAGCAAGCCACCACUAGUGACAGUGGCCUGAGGAUGUUAAAAGAUACUGGAAUUCCAGAUAUUGAAAUAGAAAACAAUGGGAUUCCUCAUGACAGCGCUGCUAUGCAAGCCUGAACACUGAUGCCGGAACUCCAACUGAUCAUAGGCACGAAUAGGGUGCUGUAGCAGUUACCUGCUUAUCUAGUGUUGUAAAUUCUUUAGAAUUCAUACUCAAAUCCUUAAAAUAUGGAACCUUUAAUUACUGUUUGUUCAUUACUGGUAAAUAGAACCUUACACACACAGGACAAGUGUCCUAGAGAGUGGGCUUCACAGGUUUUUAGGGGAUAGUCAUAAUAAUGACUGAACACACUUUACACUUCUUUAACCUUUUUCUCUCAAGGAGCUCAUAGUGCUUCAAAGACAUUAUCACAUUAAUUCACACAGAAUCCUAGUGGGGUAAGUAGGUGGAAGAAUUUUUAAGACAGAGAAAAUGCUGUUUCUAAAUGGUGUGAGACAAAUUAAAAUGCAGACACACCUACUUUAAGCUGCAAUUACUGUGAAAUAACUUCUUGUCUGACCUGGUAUUUAACAGGAAUUAGAUCAGGUGGUAAAUCAUUUGUGCAAAUGAUCGAUAUUUGUUAUCACUGCUUUGGAGCUCUCAUUUCUAAAAGAAGCACUUGGCCUGUAGUGUUCUCUAAGAAAAUAUAAGGAGCUCUAGUUUUUAGAUUUUACCACACCCAGUUUUUCCUUUGAACUGCUGAUGGUGGAGCAAGUCCUUUAACCCCUUUCUACUAGCACAUUCCUGAUUUGUAAAGAAUGCAAUGAUAAAAACAGAUACCCAAGCUGCUAAAAAUACCCCUUUACUGUUUUCUUCUCUCUUCCCAUCCCCAAUCUUGCUUCCUCUUUAUUAAGCUAUUAAUAAGCAAACAGGAUGAAAAAUCUACAGGCAAAAGAAAAGAGAAAGACAUAUGGGUCAGUGAGAUUAUGGAUAUUUUCUACUGUUCACUCUCUGGUCUAGACAUAGCCAGAUUCCUAAUGUGUUCAAAUGAUUAGGAUCAUAUGGGUCAUUUGGCUUGAAUUGUGCAGGAAAUGGCCUCAGAUGUUUUUAACUGUUUACUUAAAGGAGAUCUGGCCAUUGGCUGGGGGCAGAUACCUGUUAUCAUCAUUUUGAUGCCUACUAAAAAUCUAAUAGAACAGCAUUCCAAUGUGUUAUAUGGUACUCUAAUGACCAAAAAGAUUUAAUGCCCCUCCUAAAGUGCCCUCCUUACAUUAAACAAAAUCUAAUCCGUUGUGUUGUUUUCACGUCUGCCCUAGCAUUAAGUUCUGGUGUGACAGAAGCACCAAGCAUCUUAUGCAAAAGGCCAACUGAGUUUUUAUCCAUUUUCUAAUAAGAGGUUCCCCAUGGCAGUAUAUGCAAUUUCUGCUGGAAUGGCCACCCACUCUAAACACUUAAAAAUAUUACAUUAAUUCAUAUCAAUGUGACAUUUCAGUAAUUCCAUGCUCUGAAGGAAGGUUUUCUAAAGCAUAAGCAUUUGGAUUCUGGCAUUCUUCAUGGGCUAUAGAAAGUCUGCUUAUAUCGAGUAGGUGUACUGUUUUGGCCCAAUUCAGUGAAAUAAUGCCAAAUUAGAAAUAAGUCACAGAGAAGGAUUUGAAGCAAGUCAAAUAAAAACGUUUAUUAAUAUCAAAUAUCUGAAAUAAAUAACAAUGACAGGUGACUAAAAAUAUAACAUCUGAGAAAGUCUCAUCAUUAAAUAGAAUUUCCAAAUGAACUAAGUCACUUCAAAAUAAACUAGUGUCUUUUUUAAAAUAAGUAGAUAUGUUUAACUUACCUUGUUUGAACUAUGAGGACUCCUCAUGUGUAUUUUUUUCUGUCCUUUUCCCAUAUAUCUGCCUCAUUUAUGAUGCAUGAUUUAGCUAUUCCGGCUCAUAAGUUUAGGAUAUAUACCACAGAGGGCAAGUCUCACAUUUACUUGAGUUUGGAGCAGCUAUUUAUGGCCCAGUAAAGAUAACUCGAUUGAUUAGGAGAGGUUCAUCUCCUGUAUGGAGUGCCCACACUGACCUUCUGUGCCAUGGCCUAUGCCAACGUCAGGCAGUGCUGUGCUAAGGGAAGGACUGCAUGGACCUUUGUUUUUACUUUAAAAAUGGUCACAUUUGUAUGUAUCAAAUUCCCCUUUUUACCUAUCUGAUAAAUCCCAAAGCAAUAAACUCUGUCAGCUCCCCCCAAAUAUCAGUGUGUGUCCCUCUUUUUAAGUUCCCAAGCUCCAAAACAUUCCCUUGGAGAGACUUUGUUAGUUUCUCUUCCUAAUCUUUAAUCUUAUUGACAUCCAGAGUUCAUAUCAGAUCAUCUCUGUUUGGAGCUCAAGAACAAACCCUUUUAAGAAUAUGAAACAUUCCAUUACUAAUUAGCUGUUUCCUGUUCCUAAUGAAGUGAGCACACUGGGUCUGGAUUAAAAUUCAGCUACUACUCCUCUCUGUUUAUGGUUCCAGAUGUUUUUGGUUUAUCUAGGAAAUUACUUUGACAGCUACUACUAAGUGAUAAAUCACUCAUAUUAUAGCUGAAAUGCAUUUUGAAAUUGAAAUGUGGCAAACUUUGAGAUUGCUCCAAGAAUCGGUGUCAGUUAGCAGUUCCUUACUGGCAUCUUCCUUAUGAUCAUUCAGUAUUGGCACAUGUAAAACAGUAACCAAAUAUGUGUCAACAUUAUACAGCAUGCUACACAGGGGUCUAUUUUGCUACUGUCCUCAAAAUUGGGAGAAAAAGUUUCACUACCAUGAAAUCUCAAUUUAUUGUAUUCCGGUAGAAAAGUGGAUUCACUUAAUAUUGUUUUCUUCUUGCUAGCCUAGUUUUUCUUUCAAUUUUUGAGCAGCUGUGGGAACUAUUCCUAAUAGGCCUUGUAAGCAGACACAUAAAGGAUGUGGGCAAAUAUUUCUGUCUCUAAAUAAAGGCAAGAAAUAAACAUAACAAAAGUAGAAAUUUUUCAGAAACUGCAUUUUUCUAAAGGACAAAUGGUGAUUGUCUUUCGCUAUUCAUUGCUGAGUUCAUGUACCCUAUUUAAGGGGACAUAGUGUGUGCCAUUGCUAUCCAGUUUGUAAUGUUCACAAUUUGUGUUGCAUGAUUUAAGCUUUAGCUAUAUUGUAUAAAUUUCAAUCCUGGUAAAAUGACUGUCAUUUUAUGUCGAAGAGCUUUUCUUUGAUAUUUAGGCUGUGUAUACAUAGGAUGAGGUAGACUGGAGGACUAAGCAAAUAUUUGGUCAAUUCAUCAGAAUAAAUAUUCUCAGACUCCACAAAGGAGUUGGAACAAUUACCAGUGUCCAAAAAUUCAAGCUCUGUUUUCUUCUGGUCCCUGGAAAACUUUUAGUGAAUUCCAUGGGCUUCUUGGGAAAAAUGUCUGGUUGCCCUCUGAUGAAGUCCAACCCUCCAUGAGUCUGACUAACCCAAACCCCAAUCUUUUAUUCGUCUGUUACCUUACUACAUCUUUAUUUUUGGUUCUGAGGUAUUAUCUAGAAAAUUCUGCUACUCGCCAUGAUACCUUAUACACAGAAAGAAUAAAGAUUUUAAAGAUAUUAAACCCAAGGUUUAAAAAGGGUAUACUUUCCUCCUAAUCAGCUUUGACCAGAUUGACUUAAUAUUUUAGAUUAGACAUAUUAGUCCAACAAUGAUAAUGUCCUCUCCAUUAUAUGUUAAAAUAAAGCACUUGACUCAGAAACAUUAUCUUUAAGUAUUUCUCAAGCACAAGUAAUGGAUUUGUACUGAUUCAUCCACAUUUCUUUUCCGACUUUGUUUGUAACCAAAAGCCAAUCUUUGUAACGCAUCUAAAUAGAAACUCAGGUUAUAAGCCAUUGCUGUGGAAAAUAACAAGGUUUGACAAAAAGAGGUAGAAUAAAAUUUAAAAAAAAAUUUCCAAUAAUAACUUUUACCCACCCGAAUUAAAUAUUAUCUAACUCUAGGAUGGCAUGGGCUCUUUUAAUUGCUAUCAUUUAGAGGGAUACCGGUUUGACUAAACACUGUAGCUAAAAUGAUAAUUCGGAACUAGUCUCCCUUCAUGCAGUAUACACAGUCUCAGGGUCAACCCGGGAGAGGAAAUUCUAAAUGUACAAAGCUGUCAUUAUCUUAGAUCAUAACCAGAUACUCUUUUCCCCCUGUUUUGGUAAACUAUAGGGAUUGUAUUUCAGAUGCACCAUUAUAUACAAAAAGAAAAAGUAAUAUAGAUUAUUACAGACAUUAUAAUAUGGUUCAUGAAGAGCCUUUAUCAGUCUUCAAUGUCUCCAGUGCUGUGGAAAGAAGAACAGAAGCUAUAGCAUGAAAUUUGAAGGAUCUUUGAAAACUGACAGAUGAAAAUAUAGAAAUGUUAAGAAAUGUUAAAUUUUACCAACACUAAAUUGAGCCUGUUACAUCAGAUCAUUUUAGGUUCCUGAAGAUAGAAGUUUUAGUAUUUUUAAGCACGUAUCAGAAUUAUUCUUCAUAAGAACUAACUUGUUUUCUUUUUUUUAAAGGAGGUAACUAUUACUGUUUAGACAUGGCACAACAGUUUUAUUCAGCCUGAAAGGUCCUCGCGGCUUUACAUAAAUGAAGAUGCUUGUGAUUCCAGUUUAUCUCUGAAACUAUUCAACAUGGAGUUAUUUCAAUUUUGUUUAUCAGCAAAGCUUUGUUUACUGAAGGAGCUAUUUAAUCUAUGUUACAUUAAAAAAGAAAGAAACACGUGUACAUUUUAAAAGCAAUGAUGUAAACUUUGUCCUUGCAUUAGAUUGACCAGUUUAAAAAUAUGAGCUAAAUCCUAAUGGCUAAUGUAACUUGACCAUAUUUGAUGCUUUUCUAUGCUCAUUUCAACUUGGCUUUUUGUCUUUUAAAUUAAAAAAAAAUGCAGUAGUGUGUUAGAGACUAGAAACUUAUAUGUAUGGUUUCCCUGUUCUACUAUACAUAACGUUAAAGUACACCUUCUUUGUUAAAAAUGUACUUGCUAAACUUCAGCAUAAAUAAAAACAUUUUGACUUUG